UCCAACACUUGGGAGGCCGUUCGAUCGGUUCUGCAGCUGGAGGACAUGAGGGAUGACAUUGGAAUAGGAGGGUCUUGGUCUGAGUUUAUGGAGUAUGUCAUGGCUUCCUUAAAAUCUCAAGAUGUAAAGCUUAUUCUUGAUGGGCAUUCCAACUUGGGCAAUGGCGUGAAACGGGUCGAGAAUCGGGUCGACGACCUUGAAGAGAAAUUAGAAUUAAUGCAAGCUGAUAUUGGGGAGCUGAGAUCAGAUUUUCAGAAGCUAGAUAUGGAAAGACUUCAAUCAGGUAUAGAUAAAAUCCCAUUACUUGAAGAAAGCAUUGUUGCCUUCGUUAAAAGAUUAGACGUCCUUACUCACCGGUCAGAAGAAGCUAUUCCACCAUCUUCUUCGGCUGUUGAACUCCAGUGGCAUCGGGCAGUGGCAAUGACAAAGAACAAGGUACCAACGUGUCAACCAACUCUCCGACACCGAGAGCAUCGCUAGACUCUUUGCCGUGAAGACUUGAAUUACCCAUGUUUGAUGGCGUAAACCCCAAAGGCUGGCUAUUUCGUGCAAAAUGGUACUUUGAACUUAACCACCUCUCAUCGGCAGAGAAACUUCGAUCUGCUGUGGUAUGUUUGGAAGGCGAUGCUCUGUCGUGGUACUAUUAUGAGGAAAGACGACGACCUUUUCGCAGCUGGGUAGAAUUUAGACAAUUGUUGCUGGAGCAAUUUUAGCUAACACAAGAGGGUGCUCUCCAUGACCAGCUAUUUUCUCUUCGGCAAACCACCACAGUCUGUGAAUAUCGCCGCCAAUUUGAGGCCAAAUUGAGAUUAAUGGAGCCCAUUGGGCUGCCCAGAAUGAUGCGCAUGGCCCAACAAAUUGAGGAUAAAAAUAUGACUAUAUGUCUUUACCAAAGUGGAUCUAUUUCCUCUACAAGACAUUCUAGUCCGUUUGGGUCUAAUUUUUCUUGAAAUGUGGCGCAACAACUUCCCAUUGUGUCUUCAUCUAUGCCUUCGGCUCAUCCUUAUGCUAAGACAACGACUCCCUCUAAAUUUCGGCAUUUGACAGAAGCAGAAAUGCAGGAAAAAAGAGAAAAGGGUAUUUGCUUUCGUUGUGAUGAAAAGUUCGGACUGGGAUACCGUUGUAAGAAAAAAGAAUUGCAAGUCCUUUUGGUAUAUGGAGAUGAGCUAGAGGUCAAAGAGUCCAUUGAGGCCAACGAGGAGGAAGCCAAUAUUAAAGAUGAUGUUUCUGUGGUAGACCCUUCUUCUAUGUGGUGGGACUUUUUGCUCCUUAUACAAUGAAAGUUCGAGGUCGGAUUGGUGAGCGAGAGGUUUUAGAUUUGAUUGAUUCUGGAGCAUCUCGUAACUUUAUCUCUUCCUCUCUUGUGGCUGAACUGGAGCUACCUUUGUCGCCCACUAAAGAAUUCGGUCACUUUGGGUACGGGAGAUGAAAUUAAGUCUACAGGGAUAUGUCGGCAGUUGCAAGGUGACCUUGCAUUGUCUAAAGCUCAAGUUUCUCUGCAUACUAUGAUGCACACUAUUUAACAUGGUGCACAUGGAAUUCUUUUAGAACUGGGACAAAUUACUCACAAAGCUUCAACCGAGGAAGUUAGUGUUACUUCGUCUUCCACCAGUUUCUUCCGCAAUUUUGGGUCUUUUAACGGCAUUCAACGACAUUUUUGAGAUGCCUUCUGGUUUGCCCCCCCAUAAGAGAAAGGGACCAUGCUAUUGUUCUCAAGGAUGGUACCUCCCCCAUCUUAGUCUGUCCUUGUCAUUAUCCCACAAUUUCAGAAAGAUGAGAUCAAGCGCUUGGUGGUGGAAAUGUUGGCUGUUGGUAUUAUUCAACCCGACUUUAGUCCUUUUUUUUACUCUGGUAUUGCUUGUUUGAAAGAAAGAUGGUAGUUGAUGCUUUUGUGUGGACUAUCGGACCCUAAAUCAAGCUACUGGCCCAGAUAAGUUUUCUGCUUCUAUUAUUAAAGAACUUUUGGAUGAGUUGCAUGGUGCUUUAGUGUUUAGCAAGAUUGAUCUCAAAUCUGGCUGGCUAUCAUCAAAUACGAGUUCGAGCUGAGGAUAUACCAAAAACUGCCUUCUGUACUCAUGAUGGGCACUAAGAGUUUCUUGUAAUGCCAUUUGGUCUUACAAAUGCUCCUUCCACUUUUAGUCAGUGAUGAAUGAGGCCAUAGUGGACUGGCUUCAGCCAAAAACUCUUAGGUCCUUGCGUGGUUUCCGUGGCCUUACGGGCUAUUGUUGGUGUUUUGUGAAGAACUAUAGUAAGAUUGCCUGACCUUUGACUCAACAACUUAAAAAAGAUGCUUUCAGCUGGAAUGAGGAGGCCACCACAACUUUUCAGCAGCUUACGGAAGCCAUGAUAAACGUACCCGUGCUUGCCUUACCUGAUUUUUCCAAGCAAAUUUGUGGUUGAAACCGAUGCAUCAAGCUUUGGUUUAGGGGCUGUUCUUAUGCAGGAAGGCUGUCCCAUUGCCUUUUACAACCACAAACUCAGCUCUGUUACACGCAUCAGACCACAAACUCAGCUCUGUUGCGCGCAUCAGAUCAAUUUAUGAAAGGGAGUUGAUGGCAAUUGUUUUCGCCAUUAAAAAGUGAAGCCCAUAUCUGAUUGGUUAGAGGUUCAUAGUUCGCACUGACCAACGUAGCAUGAAAUAUUUAUUGGACCAAUGAGUGGUUGAUGGUGAGCACCAUAAAGGGUUAUUGAAGCUUGUGAGCUAUGAUUUUGAAAUUCAGUACAAGCCUGGAAGUACUAACACUGUUGCUGAUGCCCUUUCAAGACUAUCAGGAGUCUCAUUGGCAACUCUUUCAGCCCCUGUCAUUCUUGAUUUUGACGAGCGCCAAGAGCAGGUAGAUGCUGAUCAUUUUCUUUCUAAUAUCAAGCAUUGCGUGCAACAAGAUCCUGCUUCUUUUCCAGCUUACUCGCUUAUUGGAGGACAUUUGCGAUACAACGGUAAGCUGGUUAAAUGUUUCGUUCAGAAUUUUGUGGUUACUUGUGAUGUUUGCCAACGUAGCAAGUAUGAAGCUAUGUCUCCCGCUGGCCAUCUCCAACCAUUACCAAUUCCAAAUCAAGUAUGAGAAGAUCUUACCAUGGAUUUUAUAGAAGGAUUGCCUGGAUCUCAUGGGUACGAUUCCAUAUUGGUGGUAGUUGAUCGAUUGACGCAAUAUUCUCAUUUCAUUCCACUGAAACAUCCCUUUUUUGCUCCUUCUAUGGCUGCAACAUUUGUUUGUGAAGUGGUUUGCUUACGUGGUAUACCAUGCAGUAUUUUUUCUGAUCGAGAUAAAAAUUUUAUGAGCCUUUUUGGCGAGAGCUGUUUACUUUGCAAGGAUCUGAACUACGUCGUAGUUCCGCUUACCAUCCACAAACAAAUGGUCAGUCAGAAAUUGUCAAUAAGGGCUUGGAAACAUAUUUGCAAUGUUUCUCCAUGGAUAAACCUUCUUGCUGGUUUACGUGGUUAUCGUGGGCUGAAUAUAGUUACAACACUUCUUUCCACUCUUCUGCUGGUAUGUCACCUUUUAAAGCUCUUUAUUGCCGAGAUCCCUCUCCAUUGAUUCCCUAUGAGUUGGGCUCUGCUGCCAAUGCUGAAGUCGAUCAACAAAUGCUUCAGCGUGAUGCCAUUUUGGCUGAGUUGAAAUCUCACCUGCUUUGUGCUCAACAAAAAAUGAAGCAUUUUGCAGAUUCUAAACGUCGCGAUAUUACAUUCACGCUUGGGGACUUUGUUUAUGUUAAGUUGCAACCUUAUCGACAACAAUCUCUUCCUCGCAAGGUCAAUGAAAAGUUAGCUCCUAGAUUUUAUGGCCCUUUUGAGAUACUUCGGCGCAUUGGGCAGGUUGCUUAUCAACUCAAGUUAUCUCCCGCAUCCAAGAUUCAUGAUGUUUUCAUGUUUCUCAGCUCAAGAAAGCAGUGGGCAAAUAUACGACUUUUCCUACUAUUCCCAUUAAUCUUUCUUUAAACAUGGAGCUGUUGGUAGAACCAUUGGAAGUGAUCAAUGUCCGCUCGUCCACUCAACCAGGCCAAGUGGGUACUGAAGUUCUCAUUCGUUGGAAAGGGUUGCCUGCUUUUGAAGAUUCUUGGGAGAAAUUUGAGUUUCUUAUGGAGAAAUUUCCUCAUGUCAACCUUGAGGACAAGGUUCGAGUUUGGGCGGCGGGUGCGGCAAGUGCAAAAUUAGUUGCUCAGAAAACAAAGGGAAUGCCGGUGAUCUCCAUUUCUCUAGCAAAACUAACAGGCCCUGCAGCUAGUGCUGCUAUUGCAAAUCUGUCUCUUCAGCUCUUCAAAGCAUUCAAAAGCACUCGUGAGUUAUUUGUAGAAGAGCAAAAUCGUUCUGUUAUGCUGACAAAAGUGAUAUCUGCUGAGAGGGAAAAGAGUGAAAGCCUCCUAAAGCAAUUAGAUCAGUAUUCCAGGAGGCCAAAGUUACAGAGGACCAACUCCACUGACAAUGCUGGUGUUUCUGCGUUAUUGAAUAAUGGCUUGCAAUGUCCAGGUAGAAACAAGCAGCUCGGGAUACAGUAUCAACAAAGGUUACCAAUCGUGUUGUGCCUGCACAUCGAAGGGCUAGAGUACGGGGCGUACUUCUACAGGAUAUUGAAGAUAGUGAAGAUGGCAAGAAGCAAUGAUAUCUGACAAGAGGACACUAUUUCUAUACAAAACAACAGGUUUAGGUUAUAACUACAGGAAAAAGGAGCUGACAUACACUUCAAAAAAACACUAAAUUAUGCAAGAAACAUAGGUAGGUAUAGUCUCAUCUGAAGUUCUGAACUAAUGAUUCUGCAGGACUUGUUUUUUCUGAAAAGGAAUAUGUUCAUGUAAAAGAUCCAUCAUCUUGAUAUAUUUAUAAGCCUAAAUAUUUUUUUUGGAUGUGUCACUACUGUACAACUCAGUUCUAUGCUUGAGCUAUGAGCCAAGUUUUUAUUUUUUUUUAUUUUUUUAAAAGCUUUUGCUAAGUUUGUGUCAUGUUUAUUUAUAAUGCACGUUACAAAAGUUCUCUUUCCUCA